UUUACAGUCUAAUCAAGUAUCUUUUGUUCUAAGAGGAGUAUUUAAUGAUCUAGUUUCAGUUCAGUACUUAAAUCUGCAAGGGAAUCGCCUGACUGUCCUCGGGAGUGGUGCCUUUGUUGGUAUGACUGCUCUUCGAAUACUUGAUUUAUCAAACAAUAACAUUUUGAGGAUAACAGACUCAGGCUUUCAGCAUCUUGGAAACCUGGAUUGUUUGUAUCUAGAAGACGUACAUCCAAGGGUCCUUAAGCCAUUGUCUUCACUGACUCAUCUUCAGGCAAAUUCUAUUCCUUGGGAAUGUAACUGCAAACUAUUGGGCCUUCGCGACUGGCUAGCAUCUUCCGCCAUUACCCUAAACAUCUAUUGUCAGAAUCCCCCAUCCAUGCGUGGCAGAGCACUGCAUUAUAUUAAGUGGACUGACUUUACAAAUUGUAUUACAUCUUCUACAAAUGUAUCCAGAGCUUGGGCUAUAAAAUCUCUUCAUAUUCAUCACAAGACCACUGCAUUAAUGAUGGCCUGGCAUAAAGUAACCACAAACGGGAAACAUUUGGAAAAUACCGAAAGCGUUACUUUCUGGGAACGAAUUCGAACUUCUCCUGCUAGUAGAUUUUUUCAAGAGAAUACCUUUGCUAAUCCACUAGAGACUACUGCAGUGUUACCUGUGCAAAUGCAGUUUACUUCUUCCACUAACUUGAACUUGGAAGAAAACAGUGCUUUACCUAUUGAUGCUGCUUCAGUAUCAGGGAAAACAGCUCUAAUUUGUACCCAAGAAGUUGAAAAGUUGAAUGAGGCUUUUGACAUUUUGCUGGCUUUUUUCAUUUUAGCUUGUGUUUUAAUCAUUUUUUUGAUCUACAAAGUUGUUCAAUUUAAACAAAAACUGAAGGCAUCAGAAAACUCAGGGGAAAAUAGACUUGAAUACUACAGCUUUUAUCAGUCGGCAAGGUAUAAUGUAACUGCCUCAAUUUGUAACACUUCCCCAAAUUCUCUAGGAAGCCCUGGUUUGGAGCAGAUUAGACUUCAUAAACAAAUUGUUCCUGAAAGUGAGGCACAGGUCAUUCUCUUUGAACAUUCUGCUUUAUAAUUCUAGAUAUUGACUGUAAGGAAACUUGAGUGCCAUUGAUGGGAAUAAAAUUGAAGCUCCUUAUAGAAUUUUGAACUUUUUUUGAAAUAUGAAUUAUAUGAGCUUAGCCU